AUGUCAGGCCUUGUGUGGUUUAUCACCGGAGCCUCGAAUGGCUUCGGGCUCAUCCUGAGUCUACACGCCCUCAAGGCAGGCCACAGAGUAAUUGGAGCGAUGCGCAACAAGAACCGAGCCAGUGAUGCCGUGAAUUCCAUCAAGAGUGCGGGUGGUCAUGUCAUCGAGAUGGACAUGACAGAGGCACAGGAUAGCAUCGCCAAGAAGAUCCAGGACGUCAAUGAAACCCACGGGCCGAUCGACGUCCUAGUCAACAACGCGGGCUAUGCCAUGAUGGGACCGAUCGCUCAGUUCACCGAGCAGGAGAUCCAGACCCAGAUCCAGACCAACUUCUACGGCCCUUUCUACGCAAUCCAGGCAGUCCUCCCAUCCAUGAGGGCCCGCCGGUCCGGCACGGUCGUCAACAUCAGCAGCGUCGCCGGGCAGGACGUUUCGCCGACGGGCGGCCUGUACUCGGCCAGCAAGUUCGCCCUCGAGGGGCUCAGCGAGGGGCUGGCGAAAGAAGAAGCGGAGUCGGGCAUCUCGGUGCUGAUCGUAGAGCCGGGGGCCUUCCGCACGAAUUUCCUCAGUGCGUUCGUCAGCGCCGAGAAGGGCGUCGGGGAGGGUUCCGCGCUCGGCGCGUCCAUGGACCGAUGGAGUACCAGUUCUGGCAAGCAGCCGGGCGACCCAAAUAAGGGCGCCGAGGUCAUCUUCCAGGUCGUGACUGGCGAGGGCGACGCUGGGAGACUCAAAGGGGAGGUGCUCCGGCUGCCAUUGGGAAAGGAUGCGGUGGCUAGGAUUGAAGCCAAGGCCGAACGCGUGAAGCUGGAUGUGGCAGCUGCGAGGGAUGUGGCUUGUAGUACGGACUUCUAA